AGACGAAGAAGAAGAAUCAUAAACAGUAGAAGAAAAGUCCCGGAGGCUGAGGUCCAGCGGGAACGUUUCUGUGGAAAAGUUAGAGUUUUCAGUCUCGUAUGACGAUGGAGCCCUCGGUGGUGGAGAUAGACGGCAGCGUGAUGGAGGGAGGUGGACAGAUCCUGAGAGUCUCCGCGGCGCUCAGUUGCAUCACCGGGUCCUCCAUCAAAAUCACUAAAAUCCGAGCCGGCAGAAGCACACCGGGUCUCAGACCGCAGCACCUGAGUGGCCUUCAGCUGGUCUCAGAUCUGUGUUCUGGCAGCCUGCAGGGAGCCGCCAUCGGCUCCACCGAUAUCAGUCUGACUCCUGGAAAGAUCCAGUCUGGAAACCACACAGCAGACACACAAACAGCAGGGAGUGUGUGUCUGCUGCUGCAGGUCGCUCUGCCCUGCGCUCUGUUCUCUGACGCCUCCUCACAGCUCUGCCUGAAGGGAGGAACCAACGCAGAGAUGGCUCCUCAGAUCGACUACACAGUCAAGGUGUUUAAACCAAUCGUGGAGAAGUUUGGAGUCCAUUUUGACUGUGACAUCAGAAUGAGGGGUUACUACCCUAAAGGUGGAGGUGAGGUGGUGGUGACGGUGAACCCGGUCAAAGAGCUGCAGCCCGUCACCAUGACGGAGAGAGGAAACAUCACCAAGAUCUACGGCCGAGCGUUCGUCGCCGGCGUCCUGCCCUUCAAGUUGGCUAAAGACAUGUCGGCGGCUGCUGUUCGAACCAUCAGGAAGGAAAUCAAAGAACUGUACAUCAACAUCCAGCCGCUGCAGGAGAAAGAAAAGGCCUGUGGCAACGGCAACGGCAUCAUAAUCAUCGCAGAGUCGUCGACAGGUUGUGUGUUCGCAGGUUCGGCUCUGGGGAAGAAAGGUGUUUAUGCAGAUAAAAUAGGUAUUGAAGCUGCUGAGAUGUUGCUGAGAAACAUCAGACACAACGGCUGUGUGGACGAAUUCCUGCAGGACCAGCUCAUCAUCUUCAUGGCGUUGGCAAAGGGAACGUCUCGGAUUCGAACCGGCGCCGUGACGCUGCACACACAGACGGCCAUUCACAUCGCAGAGCAGCUGACUCAGGCAAAGUUCACAAUAACAAAGUGUGAGGAUGAGCUGAGCAGCAACGUCACCUUCAUCAUCGAAUGUGAAGGAUCAGGAGCAACUAACACCAACCUGUAGACACACACACUGAACACACACACACACACUGAACACACACACACACACACACUGACCACUCUCCGUCUCCACUGGACUGUGUGGUAGCUGCUCCUGUCAUGGCGACCCUCUCAGCUUCUGUCUCUCAGGGUGUUUCUUUAAUAAAUAAAUAAAAGUUUCCAACAUUCA